AUGUCUAACGUUCACCAAAGUAGCCACCAAGCUUAUGAUUCCAGCGUUGGAACGAUUCAGAAAAUAUAUCCCGAUCGCUCAAAUGGUUGUAUGGAAAAUCUUCCCAAGAGCUAUAAUACCAACAAUAGACCACCCAUUGAAGUUGACAUUGGGACUAAUAACUGGAUCCAAUGGUUAUCUGAAAUUCGUUAUGGCACUAAUGAAACCUUUCUAUUGCAUUCCCGUUUCUAUAUUUGCAUCAGCGCAAGUCAAAAUGCAACCAACCAUGUAAGGAGGCAUGUAUGUGAAAAAUCUAAUGCAAAGCAUACCUACAAGCGCUCCACUGAACUCCAUCAUCAUAUUCACGGGAAUGUGCAAAAUGUAUCACUAUCACAGGAGGCACACCUUCCUUAUGGAGUCCCUGAGGCCUCAGCUAUAAUAGAUUAUGCUUGGGAUGCAGGUGAUCCAGUGCACCGUUGUUUGUACUGCAAUGCAUCAAUGUGGGAAGGCGAGAAACUAUCAAAAAGUAGGAGAAAUACUAUACCAAAAUUUGGACUAUGUUGCAUGGAUGGUAAAGUAGAACUUCCAAUACUAAAAAUGGUACCACAAACACUACAGGACCUACAUAGUAUGAAUAACGACAGAGCAAGGCCAAGGUUUGCUCAACUGUAUAUACAUGACACUGAGAAUGAAGUGCAAAACCGGGUAACUUCCGUGAGCUCUAUGGAAGCAUCAAAUAUUGUUGACUAUCAGAUUGUGACUGAUCUUAAAGAGAUGUUAGAUGUGCACAAUCCUCUUGCAAAGACCUUUCGGUUUGCCAGAGAUAGAUUUGCAGAGGGUUCAAACCCAAAAAUCAAAUUGAAGCUAAUCAGAAAGCGGGAUAAGGAUGGAAGAGUAUAUAACUUACCAACUGUAUCUGAGGUUGCAAUUUUAGUUGUAGGGGACAUUGACGACUCAAUUCUUGAGAGGGAUAUUAUAGUACAAUUCAUGUCAAACAAGUUGCAAAGGAUUGAUGUUCUACAUCCGUUGUACUUGGCUCUUCAAUAUCCUUUAUUAUUCCCUUACGGAAAAGAUGGUUUUAGGGUUGGCAUCCAGACAUCCGUUCGUUAUGGACUUGAUGCUAAUAAGAAAAGGAAGACUAUCAGCAUGAGGGAACUUUUUUCAUACCGAAUACAAAUGCGAUGCAAUGAAUUACCAAUACUUUUACAAUCAAGGAGAUUAUUUCAGCAAUUCUCAGUUGAUGCAUAUACUAUGAUCGAGGCAGAACGACUUAGCUUUAUUAGGCACAAUCAACCAAAACUAAGGGUUGACAAGUAUAAUGCACUACAUGAUUCUUUGGUUCGGGGAGAGGCGAAUGCUGUGUUAACUGGGCAGAGGAUAAUCCUUCCUAGCAGCUUCACUGGAGGACCUAGAUACAUGUUUAAUAACUGUAAAGAUGCCUUUGCAAUUUGCAAGUAUGCAGGUUACCCAAGUUACUUUAUCACCAUAACAUGCAACCCUGAGUGGGAUGAGAUUAAGCGUCUUUUGAAAGAUACCGGAUUCAAAGCAGAAGAUCGGCCUGACAUAGUUUCAAGGAUUUUUAAUAUCAAGCUGAGUCAAUUGAUUGCAGACUUCAAGGAAGGAAAGUUCUUUGGCAAAAUAUCUGGCUUCGCCUUAUUUGCAGACGUGUGCACAGUUGAAUUCCAGAAGCGUGGUUUACCGCACGCUCAUAUACUGUUGUUCAUGAAUCCUCUAUUUAAACCAAAAACACCUGAGGAUAUAGACAAGCAUAUAUCAGUAGAGAUCCCUGACAAGCAUAGCAGGCCUAAGCUAUAUGCAGCAGUUGAGAAGUUCAUGGUCCAUGGUCCAUGUGGCAGGCAUAACAAUGCCAGCCCGUGCAUGUCCAACGGUCGUUGCUCUAAGUUUUUUUCAAAACAAUUUAGAUCAAGGACUGUAAUUGAUGAGGCAGGAUUUCCCAAGUAUAGAAGAAGAGACAAUGGCAGAACAAUCAUGAAGAAAAACAUAGUUCCCGAUAAUUCAUACAUUGUCCCGUACAACCGAUCGUUGUUGCUAAAGUACUGUUGCCACAUCAACGUUGAGUAUACAUGUCAAACAUCGGCAAUAAAAUAUCUUUUUAAGUAUGUUCACAAAGGAAAUGAUCGUGUCACUGCUUCUUUCUAUCAGAGCAACGAAGAAGGGCAACUUGAAAAGGUUAUUGAUGAUAUCAGAAAUUAUUACAAUUGUAGGUACAUAUCAGCCUGCGAAGCUGUUUGGAGAAUAUUUGGAUACGACAUACAACAAAAAGAACCUUCAGUCAUUAGAUUACCUUUUCACUUGCCAGACGAACAUCCGGUGGUUUUUAGAGACUAUGAAAACAUAGUUGACGUCAUUGACAGGGUUGAUGGCAAGCCUACAAAGAUGCUAGCAUGGAUGCUUGCAAAUAGGUUGUUUCCAUUUGGUCGUACUCUUACAUAUAGCCAGUUUCCAAAUAAGUUCAUCUGGAAGGAAGACAUUUCUUUGUGGAUGCCAAGGAAACAAGGAUUCUCAAUCGGCAGACUUACUCAUGUUCCACGAGGAAGUGGUGAAGAUUAUUACUUAAGACUUUUGCUCAACAUUCAAAAGGGUUGUGUAAGUUUUGUUGACAUACGUACAGUUGCAGGCGUUGUGUACAGCACAUUCAAGGAAGCAUGUUACGCAUUGGGCCUUCUGCAAGAUGACAAAGAAUUUGUUGAUGCCAUCUUAGAAGCAGGUAAUUGGGCUUCUGCAAACUACAUCCGUGACCUUUUUGUGGUGCUCUUAUUGUCAAACAAUAUGGGUAGACCUGAAAAUGUGUGGCAACAAUGUUACGAUGUUUUGUUUGAAGACAUUCUUUAUUUUCAGAGAAAAUCCAUGCAGUCUGUAGACCUGCAACUAUCCGAAGAUCAGAUAAUGAAUCUGACACUUUCAAAGAUAGAGGAAAAACUACAGGCUAACGGCAAAUCACUCAGAGAGUUUGAUGGGAUGCUUUUUCCAAGCUUUGGCAGUAUUGAAGGGUUAGAUGAUCGGUUAAUCAUGGAUGAACUAAACUUUGACGUUGAUGGUCUGCGCAAUCAGUUGGAUACGAACUUAACAAACAUGAAUACAUUUCUCUACAACACUCUCUCAGCAGCUAUAAGGAGCAAAGAGAAAAUUGUUCUGAAUGUGGCAUCUAGCGGUAUUGCUUCUUUGUUGCUUUCAAAUGGACGCACUGCACAUUCAAGGUUUAAGAUACCCUUGGACUUGAACGAGGACUCGAUUUGUUGCAUUAAGCAAGGCACCUCAUUGUCUAAGCUGGUUUGCAGAGCAAAACUUAUUAUAUGGGAUGAGGCACCAAUGUUGAAUAAGCUGUGCUAUGAAGCUCUCGACAGAUGCCUAAGGGACAUUGUUAGGUUUGAGCCUAACUAUAAUUCAGAACUACCAUUUGGAGGAAAGGUUGUAGUUUUAGGUGGUGACUUCAGGCAAAUUCUACCUGUAAUUCCAAUGGGAUCUCGCCAAGAUAUUGUCCAAGCUACCAUAAGCUCAUCUUACCUAUGGGAACAUUGUAAUGUAUUGAGGCUAACAAUUAACAUGCGUUUAACUGUUAGAGCAACUUAUACGUCACUUAGUGAUGUUUCUCAGUUUGCUUCAUGGUUGCUAGACAUACGUGAUGGUAUUGCUGGAGAUUCCACUGAUGGUGAGUCUAUUGUGGUAAUUCCCGAUGAAAUUAUAAUUCAAGAUUUUGACCAAUUGGUUGACUUUGUUUAUCCCGACCUGUUGGUUAAUAUCAACAACACAUCAUUCUUCAAAGAUCGUUCAAUUUUGGCCCCAACGCUAGAAGUUGUCAACGAUGUAAACUCAUUUAUAAUGCAACGUGUGGAUGCUGAUGCGAAAACUUAUUUAAGCUCAGAUACUUUGUGUCUCAAAGAAGGAAACAUGGAAUCUGAAUUGGAUACGCUUACACCAGAUGUCCUUAAUGCAAUUAAUUGCUCUGGUUUUCCGCCCCAUGAGUUGACUCUGAAAGUGGGUCUUCCGGUCAUGCUACUACGUAACAUUGACCAGUCAAACGGAUUAUGUAACGGAACAAGAUUACAGGUAAGGAGAUUAGGUAACCAAGUAAUUGAAUGCAUUACGCUAACAGGAGGCAAAAUAGGCCAAGUCGUCCUGAUACCGCGUAUGAAUAUGAUUCCCAAUAGCCAGGCUUUGCCAUUUAGAUUCCAAUGGAGACAGUUUCCGAUCAUUAUUUCAUUCGCUAUGACCAUUAACAAAUCUCAGGGACAGACUUUAAGCACAGUUGGAUUGUAUUUACCAAGACUGGUAUUUACGCAUGGUCAACUAUACGUUGCAUUAUCAAGAGUAACGUCAAAGAGUGGCUUGCGAGUGCUAAUUCAGAAUACUGGAUCAUCGUCGACAAAUUCGACAAUGAAUGUUGUGUAUAGAGAAGUAUUCCAAAAUAUUACAUGA